GGCGGCGAGACAGUUUUCAGUCGACCAUAGAUAGGCCAUCAUGUCUCUGUCUCGUAGAUUAUGCGCACUCCUUGUGAUUCUCUUCUUGCACCUGGCCGCAUCGGCGCCUCCAACACUCGUGCCACAAAUUCGCACUAACGGCUUCCAGCUGGAGCCUCUCGAGAACACAUACUUCCUCAGCAUCCAGCACCCGGACGGGACUAUUCGCCAGGAAUCUGUGAAGGAGAUUGCUCCGGGGCAGCUGCAAGUAGAGGGUGUGAUCAAUCAGCCAUUCUUAGAGCAGGGCACUUCGCUGGUGGUCACCUACCAGGCGGGACCCAACGGCUACGUGGCCAAAUAUACUUAUGGCAAGGGCCCGCCCACACCGCCGCCCCAGCUGCCGCAAUUCCUCAGUCCCCUUGCCUUGAAAUCAACGGCUGGCUAGUUACGAGCUGAAUCUGUACAUAAUAAGCCAAACACCUACAAAUAAAACC